CGCGCGGUAUAGAUAGAUAGAUAGAAAGCUCGCUUUCCCACAAACCGGAGAGGGUUUUUUUUCGCUCAGCGGUCCAAGUAGGAGCAAGGCAUCGUGGCGCCUGACGGGACAACGGGGAAAACUUCAAAGAGAGAAAAGGAGCAAAAAGGGAUAAGGAUUGGAGGGACAUAAAGAAUAAUAAUAAUAAUAAUAAUUGGAAGAAAGAAAAGAAGAAAGUUGUGGAUAAUAAUAAUAAUAAUCAUUAUCAUAAUAAUAAUAAUCAUACUAAUAAUCCGACCUCGAGAAGGUGCGCGCGGCGUUGGUGACUUUGGGCUUUUACGCAAAGGAAUUUAUUACCGUACCGUUCCCAGGGAUCGCGCGCGUCGUGCUUGUGCGCCCGUGCAUGUGCACACCGGAACGGAGGAAGUGCGUGUGCGCGAGCUUUCAGUGAGUUUCGGCUGAAGUUUGAACGGAACCAAGCAAACGAAAGGACCGGAGAGGAGAGGACCGGACCGGACAGGAGAGGCGGCACCAUGCGGAGACGGAGCUCCACUUUCACCGCCGCCGCCUGCGUUCAUCUCCUGAUUCACUGCUUCUGCAUGAAGCUGUGUGAAGCAUCGGGCCACUUUGAGUUGCGUGUGCUGUCAGUCAGGAACAUCAACGGGGAGCUGCAGAGCGGCUCGUGCUGCGACGGCACGCGAAACGCAGCGGACAACAACAGAUGCACGCGGGACGAGUGCGACACGUAUUUCCGCCUGUGCCUUAAGGAGUACCAGUCCAGGGUGACCCCCGGUGGACCAUGCAGUUUUGGCAGUGGAUCUACUCCAGUGAUUGGUGGGAACGUUGUGUUGCCCAAGACCUUGGCAGAGAACGACAAGGCUCGCAUCGUGCUGUCUUUCAGCUUUGCUUGGCCGAGGUCGUACACACUGAUCGUGGAAGCCUUGGACUUCAACAAUGACUCGAGCACUGGCAGUGGCAGUGGUCAGGUGAUCGAGAGAGCCAUGCAGUCGGGGAUGAUCAACCCGAGCCGACAGUGGCAGACGCUGAAACACAACGGUGCCGUGGCCCAGUUUGAGUAUCAGAUCCGCGUCACCUGCGACGAUCACUAUUACGGCUUCGGCUGCAACAAAUUCUGCCGGCCACGAGACGACUUCUUCGGUCACUAUAACUGUGACCACAACGGCAACAAGACGUGCCUGGAGGGCUGGGCUAGCCCUGAGUGCAGCACUGCAAUCUGUAAGCAAGGCUGUAGCACAAAACAUGGAUCCUGUAAGGCGCCCGGAGAAUGCAGGUGUUUGUAUGGGUGGCAGGGGGAGUACUGCGAUCAGUGUAACCCACACCCUGGCUGCGUACAUGGCACCUGUGAGGAACCCUGGCAGUGUCUCUGUGACACCAACUGGGGAGGACAACUCUGUGACAAAGACCUAAAUACGUGUGGCACACGUCAGCCGUGUCAGAACGGAGGCACGUGCAGUAACACCGGACCAGACAAGUAUCACUGUGCCUGUCCUGAGGGAUACUCUGGCCAGAACUGUGAGAGAGCGGAUAACGCCUGUCUGUCAGAGCCGUGUCUGAACGGGGGACGCUGUAUGGAGAGCAGUCAGGGCUUUGAAUGUCAGUGUGCUCCAGGGUGGACCGGUCCGACCUGCGCCAUCAACAAAGACGACUGCAAGCCUAACCUGUGUAACCACGGAGGGACGUGUGUGGACCUCGUCAAUGGCUUCAAGUGCAUCUGUCCUGCGCAGUGGAUCGGCAAAACCUGUCUCAUCGAUGCUGAUGAGUGUGCUGAGAACCCAUGUGUAAACGCCCAUGUGUGCCGAAACCUGAUUGGUGGAUACUUCUGCGAGUGUCUCCCCGGUUGGACAGGACAGAACUGUGAUGUCAAUGUUAACGACUGCCAAGGGCAGUGUCUGAAUGGAGGGUCUUGUAAGGACCUGGUGAACGGGUACAAGUGUUUGUGCGCACCGGGAUUCACAGAUGAUCACUGUGAGAAAGAUAUUGACGAGUGUGCCAGUCAGCCCUGUCUGAACAAGGGCCAGUGUCGCGAUGACGUUAACGGCUUCCAGUGCCUGUGCCUGCCUGGUUUCUCUGGAAACCUGUGCCAGUUGGAUAUUGACUACUGCGAAGGAAAUCCAUGUCAGAACGGCGCGCCGUGUUUUAACCUGGCGACAGAUUAUUUCUGUAAAUGUCCUGAGGAUUAUGAGGGCAAGAACUGCUCCCAUCUCAAAGACCACUGUCGCACCACGCCCUGCGAAGUGAUUGACAGCUGCACGGUUGCCGUGGUUUCGAACAGCACCCCGGGCAAUGUGCGCUACAUCUCGUCCAAUGUGUGCGGUCCACACGGUCGGUGUCGUAGCCUCGCCGGUGGCCAUUUCAGCUGCGAGUGUCGCGAGGGUUUCACUGGAACCUACUGUCACGAGAAUAUUAAUGACUGUGAGAGCAGCCCGUGCCGUAACGGAGGAACAUGUAUCGAUAAAGUAAACGUGUACCAGUGUAUCUGCGCUGACGGCUGGGAGGGACCCGACUGCGAAACUAAUAUCGAUGACUGCAGCACAAACCCGUGCCAUGAUCGUGGUGUGUGUCGCGACCUGGUCAACGACUUCUACUGCGAGUGCAAAAACGGCUGGAAGGGCAAGACCUGUCACUCACGUGAGAGCCAGUGUGACGAGACGACAUGUAACAAUGGUGGUACGUGCUACGAUGAAGGAGACUCCUUCAAAUGCAUAUGUGCCUCUGGCUGGGAGGGGACGAGCUGUAAUAUCGCGAAAAAUAGCAGCUGCCUUCCCAACCCAUGCGAGAACGGCGCUACCUGCGUCGUCAGCGGCGACCACUUCACCUGCGUGUGCAAGGAAGGCUGGGAGGGGCUCACCUGCAACCAGAACUCAAAUGACUGCAACCCACACCCAUGCUACAACAGUGGGACAUGUGUAGACGGGGAUAACUGGUACCGGUGCGAGUGUGCCGCAGGCUUUGCUGGACCCGACUGUCGCAUCAACAUUAACGAGUGUCAGUCGUCUCCCUGUGCGGUUGGCGCGACGUGUGUGGACGAGAUUAACAGCUACCAAUGCUUGUGUCCACCUGGGAGAACCGGAGCAAGGUGUGAGGAAGUAAACAGACCUCCCUGCAUGGACGGCGGCCGGAUCGUAGCGGACGGGGCGAGAUGGGACAAGGACUGUAACACCUGCUACUGUCACAACAGCCGAGUCACCUGCACAAAGUUGUUGUGCGGUCCGAGGCAGUGUCAUCUGGUUGGAACUGGGCGAGGAGAUUGUCCAGCGCGUCAGUCGUGUGUCCCGAUGCGUGACGAUCACUGCUUCGUACGGCCGUGCCCCACGCAGGGCGAGUGCUGGUCCAGUGAAGAGACACCCAUCCAGUGCCACUCAGAGAGCAACUGCGCCAACGUCACAUUCAUGUUCACGAAGGACAUCAUGUCACCGGGCGUGACUGUGGAGCAGGUGUGUAGAGAGCUGCGCAGUCUCUACGUGGUGAAGAAUCUCUCCUCGGAGUUCUCCAUCUCCAUCACGUGUGAACCUUCCACCACGGCCAGCAGUGAUAUCCACGUAGCUAUUCAGGUUUCUGAUGACGGCGGGAGCAGCCAUGCUCCAGUUAAAGGGAUCACGGAGAGGAUUAUUGACAUGGUGAAAAAACGUAGCGCUAACGGUACCAUCCUCACCGCCAUCGCGGAGGUCCGCGUCCAGCACAGGGACACCAACAGCGCGAACGAUUACCUGGUGCCAGUCCUGGUUUCCGUAGCAACAGUGAUCUGGGCGUUGGCAUUGGUGUGGACAGCAUUGUGGUGUAUCCGACGACGUAAGCAAAACGCAAGCGCCACAGCGACUGGGUACACCUCGGCGCCGUCAGCCGUGCCGACCGCUGAGGACAACAACGCGGCCAACAACGCGCGCGAGAACCUGCACCAGAUCAAAAACCGCAUCGAGAAAAACGCCGUUAGCGCCAAGAUCGGACCACAGAAGCUCCCGCCUCAGGAGACGGCGGCGCCCGAGGACGACCCGGACUCGGAAAAACGUCUCCACAAAACGCGGUUUCCCCGGCGACCAGUGUACUCGCCGGUGGAGUGCGACGAGCGGCCGAGCGGGCUGCACGAAAAGCGAGCUCACUGGACUAACAAACGCGACAACAGAGACUUGGAGUCGCAGAACAGCUUGCACAGAAUGGAGUAUAUCGUAUAGCGGCUGCGAGGAAACGGCGGUGGGCUAGGCAACAAGUCACCGUGACGACCGUUACGGCUGCACACCCAGACGUGAAGGACGGACGGAAAAACAAUAGAGACGGCACAGAAAAUUUUCCGGCUCACCUUCGAGCGGGAGACUCGUCUCUGUUACGGGAAAAUUGGACCGUUUUGUGUCAAAAUGGCGACGGAGGAGAAGAAAACGAGGGAAAAGUCCGCACAGCAAAAAAUUUACGGCAUAGACACGCUGACGAAUUGGGUCAGAUCAAGGUUGUUGUGGGUUGGCUGACUUUCCAGUCCCCCCCCCAACGGUUCAAAUAAUAAAUAAAUAAACAAAUAAACCAAAACGCCGCCGUCUUGGGUACUUUAUGUAGUGAUGAAUUAUGAACAAGCGAUGAUUGAUUGGUUUGUUUUGUUUUUUCCUUCCCCUCUCCCUUCUUUUCCCCCUUUUGGCAUCGUGGAUCAAUUCAAAUUCCUUUGUGUGCAGCAGAAUUUCACAGGCAUAUGGAUUUGCACUCAGCAAGCAUACGUCAGCGUUUUGUUUUAAUUCCCCCACCCACUUGAUCAUUUCACAGAGGUGAGACGGAGGGUUUAGACCCGAUUCCUCAGAGCAAUAAAAACCCUGCGUAUCAGAGCGGACGUGCUGAUCAAAGUAAAGCUGAUCUCGGGCCAGCUUUGCGGUUUCUCUGGUAAUAGCGGAGAGUAAAGGGAUGCUCUGAAGUUUUUCAACAUUAUCUCAAUCAAUCGUGUGUGUGUGUGUGAGAGAGAGAGAGAGAGAGAGGGAGUACAGAUGAGAAUCCCAACACGUGUACCUACCGAGAACCUCCAGGCGAGAACAUAUAAAGGAAGUCUAAGGCCAGGCGUCGAAAUUCCAUUUGUAGACUUUAUUUUGUUUUAAAAAAAAAAAAGCUUUAUUUCUUUAAUCGAAAGUGUUUUGUUUAUAAUCUGAGCUUUAAAUCUGUCGUCUUGUCUUAGACGUAAUGGCUGAUAUUGUUUCAUGAGCGUAACAGCUGCCCUUUAGACAUCCAUGAUGUGCGAGUUUUGGAGGAAACCGGAUUUCUUUUGUCGUCUCGUUGCAGGGAAACGUAUCGAAUUUACAGUCAACAGAAAUGAGGUUGAAAAUGCCGGGUUGUCCUUUUAACGUUGUUUAGAUUACGAAUUAACACCCUGGCUCUGACGCUAGGGGUGGGCGAGUUAGCAAAUAAUAAAAUUGAACAAUGUUGUGAUACUUAAAGAUGUCUGACGAGGCAAAUUAAACAACCGAAAGAAGAAAAAGACAGGAUUUCACAGGAUAUAAAAACGCCGAUGAUGCUCCUAUAUCUAAAGCGUAUCGUGAUAAAUCAUCUUAUCGUAUCGCCCACCCCGGAGUGAAGCUCACUUUAAACAUUUAGUGCAAAGGUCCCUGUGACACCACACCACAACAACCAAAACUUCAUCACUAUUAUUACUAUUACUGGUUUUUUUAUUAUUAUUUUUAUUAUUAUUUAUUGUCAUUUUUUGCUUUGCAGGCGGCAGGUCAAAAUUCAGUCCCUUGCAAUAUGAAGAAUUUAAUUGUCGAUUUUACUAUGACGUCAUUGUGUAGAUUUUUUUCUUUUGUAUGUACAUAUUUUUUUAAUUAAUCAUUGUGUAUAUUUGAUUUAUUAACUUAAUAUUCGAGAGCCUAUCAUUCCUGUUUUUUUUUUUUAUUUAUGUGCUUCAUUUAGAUUCGAAGGUUCGACAGCUUUGUAAGCUUUCUACUUCCUUAUUUUUGACAGAAAACAUUUCUCACACACACAGACACACACACACACACACACACACACAAAAAAAAAAAUUAUAUAUAUAUAUGCCAAAAGUGUUCUUGAAAGAAUAGUUUUAUUUUUUAUUCUAACUGUAUAAACUGAACUGAAAUGCGCUGUACAAAGUUUUGUUUAAGAAAAAAGAAAAAACACAUUUUAUGGUGCGGCGGUUUGGUCAGGAUUUAUUUCUGGAACGUUCCAAAAUGGUGAUAAAGAAAGAAACGUGACUUAACGCGUCUUACGACAAAGACAAACCUGAGUGAAAUAGACCUUUCUGCAGCCGUGUAUUUCUGUAUUCUGUCAUAAAUCUAGAAUGUUCUGUCACCGUGUUCAUGUAACCCAACAUUUCCCGUAGCAGUAUUUCUGUAGUGAGGUGAAAUUAAAGCUCGCAGCCAGCGGAUUUUUUAGUUUUGUUUGUGUUUUCCCCAAACGACUGAGGAAACGAGGAGGAGAGCGUAACGUUUUCCUAAAGAGCUUCACUUUUUCACUUGGAAAAGUCAAAACUAUGAUUUUGAAAAAUUUUUGUUUUUUGUAAAGUGUUGUUUUUUUAAUUUUAGGACCGAAAAAAGGGCAGGACCGUCAAAGUGAACUCUUUCCUCUGAGUGAUGCUGGCCAGGACAUCGUACAAGUUUUUUUUUGUUUGUUUUUGUUUGUUUGUAGGACUCUGAACAAAAAAACGAGACAAGUUUCAGUUUUACUUUAGUGUUAAACUUGAACUUUUUUUUUUUUGCAAAAAGUCUUGUCUUUUGUCUUUUCUGUGUCAUUUGAAAGUAAUAUUUAUUAAAUUCUUUGUAAGAA